AUGGCCUCACUUCUUCUUCUGCUUCUCGUCUCCUUUCUUUUUCUCCAAUUCGCCACCUUUUCUUCUUCUUCUUCUUCGUCGUCUUCUACCGAGAUUGUCCCUCCCAUAGUUGGAGAAGGCUACCGUCUAAUCAGCAUUCAAGAAACCCCCGACGGAGGUUUAAUUGGCCAACUUCAAGUCAAGCAGGCAAACAAUUUCUACGGCCCCGACAUUCCUCUCCUCCAGCUCUUCAUCAAGCCCGAAACAGAGCAUCGGUUGCGGGUUCACAUUACAGACGCGGAAAAUCCGCGGUGGGAGGUUCCGUACGACCUCCUCCCAAGGGAGCGAGUACCGCCGCCGUCGUCGGCGAACAACGUGGAGCAAUACGGCGUCGUAGUAGACGACAACUACACGACAACGUACGGGGAGCUCGUCUUCAGCUACACCCCCGACCCGUUCGGCUUUCUCGUGACUCGGAAAUCCAACGGGGACACGCUCUUCGACACCCGACCCGAUCGCGAACCCGACCGGCCCCCGUUCGGCCCGAUGGUGUUCAAGGACCAGUACCUCGAGAUCUCCACCAAGCUGCCGGCGGAGGCGUCGCUGUACGGCCUCGGCGAUCACGUCCAGCCCGGCGGCGGGUUCAGGCUGACGCCGAGCCGGGAUCGGCCGUACACGCAGUACACGUCGGACUUGCCCGCCGACACUCUGAACACGGCGCUGUACGGGUCGCACCCGGUUUACAUGGACCUCCGAAAUUCGAACGGGUCGGAGCCCCGUGCCCAUGGGGUUCUGCUGUUGAACAGUAACGGGAUGGAUGUUUUCUACGAGGGGGAUUCGCUGACGUACAAGGUCAUUGGGGGUGUUUUCGACCUUUACUUCUUCGCUGGCCCGACUCCUCUGGAUGUCGUUGAGCAGUACACUUCGCUGGCUGGAUUCCACCAGUCGAAAUGGGGAUACGAAAACAUUUCAGUGGUCGAACAAGUGAUUGAGAAUUAUAUGAAGGCUGACAUUCCUCUAGACGUGAUAUGGAACGACGACGAUCACAUGGACUACCAUAAGGACUUCACCGUGAGCCCCGAGAAUUAUCCUCUCGACAAGCUCAAAUCCUUCCUGGAAAAGAUCCACAGUUUGGGAAUGAAGUACGUCGUGCUCACUAAUCCAGGAAUCAGCGUCAAUUCCACUUACGAGGUCUACCAGAGAGGCAUGGCAGACGAUGUGUUCAUCAAGUUCGACGAACAACCAUACUUGGGCAAGUUAUGGGUCGGACCGGUCCAUUACCCGGACUUCCUCAACCCAAAGACCGUCUCGUGGUGGGAGGACGAAAUUCGUCGCUUCCACGACAUGGUCCCCAUAGACGGGUUGUGGCUCGACAUGAACGAACCUUCCAACUUCUGCCCUGGACUCUGCAAUUUCCCACUUGGCGACUGCCAUUCUUGGGAGUGUUGCCUCGUUUGUCGGAAGAUCAACGAGACGAAGAAGUGGGAGGAUCCUCCUUACAAGAUCAACGUGAUGGGAUCGAAAGAGUACAUUGGCUUACACACCAUUGCCGCUAGUGCGUUUCACUACAACGGCGUGUUGGAGUACGAUGCACACAGCCUUUAUGCACUUUCACACGCCAUUGCUACUCACAAGGCUCUUUCAAGCAUCAAAGGGAAACGACCGUUCAUCUUGUCGAGAUCGACCUACGUUGGAAUCGGGCAUUACGCGGCUCACUGGACGGGUGACAACACAGGGGAUUGGGACAAUCUCAAGUACUCCAUACCUGCGAUGCUCAAUUUCGGCAUCUUCGGAGUGCCGAUGGUUGGGUCGGACAUAUGCGGGCACUAUCCUGCUUGGUCGUCGUCUAUGGAGGAGCUGUGCAAUCGCUGGAUCGAGGUGGGAGCUUUCUACCCUUUCUCGAGGAAUCACGCCAACCUCUGGUCGCCGAGGCAGGAGCUUUACCUCUGGGAAUCGGUGGCUGAAUCCGCGAGGAAUGCUCUGAAGAUGAGGUACAGGCUUCUCCCGUUUCUCUACACGUUGAACUACGAGGCGCAUACUACAGGCACCCCGAUUGCUAGGCCGCUCUUCUUCUCGUUCCCUGGAUAUGCAGAAAGUUACGGGAUCAGCACCCAGUUCUUGCUAGGCAGCAGCCUCAUGAUUUCGCCAGUGCUCGAGCAGGGGGAUACGCAAGUGAAGGCUCUGUUCCCUCCCGGAUCGUGGUACAACGUGUUCGACAUGUCAGAGUGUGUAGAAUCGAAGGGAGAGUACUACACAUUGGAUGCACCGUUGAAUGUGAUCAAUGUGCAUCUCUAUCAGAAUGCCAUUUUGCCGAUGCAACAGGGUGGAAUGAUCACCAAGGAUGCAAGGACGACGCCGUUUAGCAUUGUGGUCUCAUUUCCUUUUGGAUCGUUUGUUGACGGAGGAGAAGCUAGGGGGAGGAUCUUCAUCGACAACGAUGAGCUCGUCGAGAUGAAACUAGGGAAUGGGGAGUCGACGCUUGUCGAGUUACGUGCCACGGUGAUCCAUGGGAAUGUGACGUUGUGGUCGGAAGUUGAGGACGGGGAGUUUGUGUUGAGUAAAGGUUUGAUCGUUGAGAAGGUGAGCGUGUUAGGAUUGGGUGGGAGUGGGGCGCCACGCGAUGUUCGAGUUAACUGGAACCCGAUCUCUGCUGAUUCGAAGAUACAGGUGAGAUCAUCGGAACAGAGGCGCAUUGGGAGAGAUGACAGGGGAAGUAUGAGUAUGAUGGUAGAGAUCAGCGGGUUAGAAAUUCCAUUAGGAAACAACUUCAUUAUCACAUUGAACAUGCCUGAAUCCUAA